AUGACGCCCUCCGCCAUCCUAGAUCUGACGUCAGACUCUCCCCCUGCGAGAGCUCGUAUUCUCGUCCCCGAGAAAGUCUCGGCUGAUGGUCUCGCCCUGCUCACGCCCUAUUAUGAUGUUGAUGUCAAGCUGGGACUGUCCCCCCAAGAACUCAUUUCCGUCAUCCCCGGCUACCAGGGCCUCAUUGUUAGAUCAGAAACCAAAGUCACAUCAGAAGUGCUACAAUCAGGGAAGAGGCUCAAGGUGGUGGCGCGCGCCGGUGUCGGUGUCGACAACAUCGACGUGCCGGCAGCUACGACGCAGGGCAUCAUUGUCAUCAACUCUCCGGCCGGGAACAUCUUGGCAGCCGCCGAACACACCAUUGCUCUGCUUCUGGCGACGGCCCGCAAUGUUGGCCGUGCCGACGGAACCAUCAAGCAAGGAAAGUGGGAGCGCAGCAAGCUUGUUGGGGUAGAAGUUGGCCGGAAGACGCUCGGUAUUGUUGGCCUGGGCAAGGUUGGCCUGAAUGUUGCCAGGAUGGCCAAGGGUUUGGGAAUGCAGGUCAAAGCCGUCGACCCCUAUGCCAGUGCUGACCUGGCUCGCCAAGCAGGCGUUGACCUCGUUCCAAGCCUCAAGGACAUGCUGCCACAAGUUGACUUCCUCACCAUCCACACCCCGUUGCUGGCGACGACGAUGGACUUGAUUGGGGAGGCGGAACUCAAGGCCAUGAAGAGGACAGCUCGGGUCCUCAAUGUGGCCCGAGGCGGUGUUUACAACGAGGCCGCACUGCUCAAGGGCUUGGACGAGGGAUGGAUUGCUGGCGCAGGCUUGGACGUCUUCACAAGUGAGCCGCCUGCGCCUGAUUCCGUCGCGGCGCAGCUCGCCAGACAUCCCAAGACGGUGGCCACACCGCAUCUGGGGGCUUCCACGGUGGAAGCACAGGAAAACGUGUCGAUGGACGUAUGCACCCAGAUGCUCGAGAUUCUGCGCGGUGGCCUACCGACAAGCGCCGUCAACGCUCCCAUCAUCCUGCCGGAGGAAUUCCGGAAGCUUCAGCCUGCGGUGCAGCUGGUCGAGAAAAUGGGACGCCUCUAUACUCAACAUUUCGUCAAGGAAAAGGGGGGGAUGAUUGGUGAUCGCAAGUUUGAGCUCAUCUAUCACGGCGACCUGGCCGGUAUGCCGAACACGAAGCCACUUUUUGCUGCCCUCGUAAAGGGCCUCGUAGCCUCGUUCAGCGACUCUCACAUCAACAUUGUGAAUGCGGCUCUCAUUGCCAAAGAGAAGGGCAUUAUAAUCAACGAGACACACGCACACCAAGCUAAAGACUUGACUUUUUCAAACCUGGUGACCUUGAGGUCCAUCGCCGACGGCCCGGUUGGGUCCAGGACGGAGCAAAUCAUCGAGGGGUAUGCGUCCGAUAAACGGGUUUACAUUUCGAAACUGGACUGCUUCAACGCAACGUUCAGUCCUGAGGGCACUCUGAUCAUUCUUCACAAUUACGAUGAACCGGGCAAGAUAGGUGGCGUGGGCAUGGUCCUCGGCUCUCAUGGCAUCAACAUUCGAUACAUGCAGGUGGCCAGCUUGGAUGCAGAGGCCCGCCAGGGGCACAACACGCCCCCGAACCAGAAGGACAAUGAGGCUCUCAUGAUUCUGGGAGUUGAUGGCGAAGUUGAUGCAGAGGUCAUGGAGGGAUUGCGCAAGUCAGAAGGUGUUUUGGACGUCAGCUUGAUACGAUUGUGA